AGGUUUAAAUUACUUGACUGAGUUCUUGCACAGAAAUGGCAGAUAUGAUUGCGUGUGCAACCUGUGUGGCAGUUCAUCUCACUCUGCACAAGAGGCUCGACUUCACAUCACAAGCUCGAACCACAUCCUCAACUUCAUGGUUGGUCUCAACCUUCAAUCCUUCAAUGUCAUCAAUAAGAGGUGAUGAGUUGAUCUUUCAGCAGCAGAUGUGGGCAUUGAAGCUCUGUGCUAAGGGGCUUCGAGUAGUUUCACGCCAUCAGAAUUUGAUAAUUUCCUUACCAAGCAUCAAUGUUGAGCAUAUUGAUGCGUCGUUCUACCAGCACAGCAGAGCUCUGUACAAUGCACUGCAGCUCAACAAGAUGGACAUGUACAUAAUGCGGGAUGGAGCCAAGAAACUCGAAGAAGACAUGAAUGAAAAAAACAAAAGGACAAAAAUUAUUGAAGAACUUGGAAAUGUUUGGGUAGAAUAUAGACACGAUGAUGACUCCACUUCAUGCAUCAACAAUUUGAAGGGCCACCAAUUGAACGGUCGAUAUGAUGAGCCAUUGCCUCCUAUCAACUCGCAGAAAUACGAGGAGCAGCAUUGCAACAGUGUUGACCAGCUGACAAAAGAUGUUGAGCAUCUCUUCAUUCUGUCCAAUGACCUGCCUCCCAACUAUCACCUCAAGAACUUCAACAGAUCACUAUUUCUAGAUCUCCUGGGACGCAUGACGAUCAAAUCCAAUGCCGAUGCCGACUUGUGCUUGCGACUGGCCAACUCACUCACGCUAAGUCUUCUUAAGUACAGGAUGAGAUCCAUCAACAACCUGAAAACAAUAAAUGCAGAUGAACUGAAGGGAAAAAUUGAGGGACUCAUUGAUGAUGCCACUUCCGUUUCAGAAAAACUUUUGCAAAAAAGAAUUUCUUUUACCUAAAAUGACAGAUUAAAAAUUAUAAAUAAAUAUUUAAUUUCAUAAUGCGAUUCUGUAAUUGUGUAAUUUGUGUAAUACGUACAUCAAAACUGUAUUACAUUUUUUCAUUGUUGCUUUGAAACGUUUAUAAUAAAGUGUCAAAUUAGAAAUUCUGUGAAAUUCUAUAUAAGGAAUCAUUUAAAAUUUUAGGCAAUUCCGUCUAACAUAGAUUUCACUGAAAUAAAUUCUUACAUAUGUAA